UUCUUUUCUCCAGUUUUGGUUGGUUAUCCUCAAGGAGGAGAUCAGUGGGUGAAAUCCACCAUGAGAAAGAACACUUGGGUUUUGCAGUACUGCCUGUUGUUCAUGGGAUGCUAUCUUGCUUUAACAAUGGGAGCUGGUGUGGAAGAGAAAGUAGAUGGUGCAAUGCCAGUGACUACAUUGUCGCCACCAGAAGGGAACACAACAUUCCUUGAUGGCACAACAUGGUGUGUGGCUCUUGCUGGUGUCUCCCAAGUUGAUCUGCAGAAUGCAUUAGAUUGGGCCUGUGGACUUGGAAUGGCAGACUGCAAGGCCAUCCAAGAUGGCGGGCCCUGUUACGAUCCAGACACUCUCUUAUCUCAUGCUUCCUUUGCUUUCAAUAGUUACUAUCAACAGAAUGGGAAUUCUGAUAUUGCUUGCAAUUUUGGGGGUACUGCUGCUGUCACUAAAUAUAACCCAAGUUAUGGAAAAUGUGUCUAUGCUGCUCCUGGAUCUGUUGGCUCUGCAGCAGCUCCAUCGUUGAUCUCCCUUUGGUGGUGGAAACUUGCUCUCCUUUGUUUACUCCCUUUGUAUCUAGGAAGCUGA